GUCUUUGUUUUGAGGGCUAAUGGCAGAUGCCGGAGGGUUGGCGUUGCUGGUGGCUUAGGCCUUGAAGGAUUCAGCAUCCGUCGGAUAUCUACGCCAUCGUUCCUGCAGCAGGGCCUUGCUCUACAGGUUCUGCCUUCAGCCAGAAGUUCCCAUGCAGAAAUGUCUGUAAAAAUAACAAUUUCCCAGCUGAUAUUUUUCUUCAUUCAUAUGCCCUAGCUUGCUUUGACUCAGUACUGUUGUUACACUAUCAAGGCUUGAAUUGUGGAGUUCUGGGUAGCUCAGUUUUACUGCCAUCAUGUUCCUGUACAACUUGACCUUGCAGCGAGCCACUGGCAUCAGCUUUGCCAUUCAUGGCAAUUUCUCGGGAACCAAACAACAGGAAAUUGUUGUUUCCCGUGGGAAGAUCUUGGAGCUGCUUCGCCCUGACCCCAACACUGGCAAAGUGCACACCCUUCUAACUGUGGAAGUAUUUGGUGUUAUCAGGUCUCUCAUGGCCUUUAGGCUGACAGGUGGCACCAAAGACUACAUUGUGGUUGGCAGUGACUCAGGCCGGAUUGUAAUCCUGGAGUACCAGCCAUCUAAGAAUAUGUUUGAGAAAAUUCACCAAGAAACCUUUGGCAAAAGUGGAUGUCGCCGCAUUGUUCCUGGCCAGUUUUUAGCUGUGGAUCCUAAAGGGCGUGCUGUUAUGAUUAGUGCCAUUGAGAAACAGAAAUUGGUCUAUAUUUUGAACAGAGAUGCUGCAGCCCGGCUUACCAUUUCAUCUCCCCUGGAGGCCCACAAAGCGAACACUUUGGUAUAUCAUGUCGUCGGAGUAGAUGUGGGAUUUGAAAAUCCGAUGUUUGCCUGUUUGGAAAUGGAUUAUGAGGAAGCAGACAAUGAUCCAACAGGAGAAGCAGCAGCUAAUACUCAGCAGACACUUACUUUCUAUGAGUUAGACCUUGGUUUAAACCAUGUGGUCCGAAAAUACAGUGAACCUUUGGAGGAACAUGGCAACUUCCUUAUUACAGUUCCAGGAGGGUCAGAUGGUCCAAGUGGAGUACUGAUCUGCUCUGAAAACUAUAUCACCUAUAAGAACUUUGGUGACCAACCAGAUAUCCGCUGCCCAAUUCCCAGGAGAAGGAAUGACCUGGAUGACCCUGAGAGAGGAAUGAUUUUUGUCUGCUCUGCCACCCAUAAGACCAAAUCAAUGUUCUUCUUUUUGGCACAAACUGAGCAGGGAGAUAUUUUCAAGAUCACAUUGGAGACAGAUGAAGAUAUGGUUACUGAGAUCCGCCUCAAGUAUUUUGAUACUGUGCCUGUUGCUGCCGCCAUGUGUGUACUUAAAACAGGCUUCCUUUUUGUAGCAUCAGAAUUUGGAAACCAUUACUUAUAUCAAAUUGCACAUCUUGGAGAUGAUGAUGAAGAACCUGAGUUUUCAUCUGCUAUGCCUCUGGAAGAAGGAGACACGUUCUUCUUUCAGCCAAGACCACUGAAAAACCUUGUGCUGGUUGAUGAGUUGGACAGCCUCUCUCCCAUUCUGUUUUGCCAGAUAGCUGAUCUGGCCAAUGAAGACACUCCACAGUUGUAUGUGGCCUGUGGCAGGGGACCCCGGUCAUCUCUUAGAGUCUUAAGGCAUGGACUUGAGGUGUCUGAAAUGGCUGUGUCUGAACUACCCGGUAAUCCCAAUGCUGUCUGGACAGUGCGCCGGCACAUUGAAGAUGAGUUUGAUGCCUACAUCAUUGUGUCUUUUGUGAACGCCACCCUUGUGUUGUCCAUUGGAGAGACUGUGGAAGAAGUGACUGACUCCGGGUUCCUGGGAACCACGCCAACCUUGUCCUGCUCCUUGUUAGGAGAUGAUGCUUUGGUGCAGGUAUAUCCAGAUGGCAUCCGGCACAUACGAGCUGACAAGCGAGUCAAUGAGUGGAAGACCCCUGGAAAGAAAACAAUUGUGAAGUGUGCAGUGAACCAGCGGCAGGUGGUGAUUGCCCUGACAGGAGGAGAGCUGGUCUAUUUCGAGAUGGAUCCUUCGGGACAGCUGAAUGAGUACACAGAGCGGAAGGAGAUGUCAGCAGACGUGGUGUGCAUGAGCCUGGCCAAUGUGCCUCCUGGAGAGCAGCGGUCUCGCUUCCUGGCUGUGGGGCUGGUAGACAACACUGUCAGAAUCAUCUCUUUGGACCCCUCAGACUGUUUGCAACCUCUGAGCAUGCAGGCUCUCCCAGCCCAGCCUGAAUCCUUGUGUAUUGUGGAAAUGGGUGGGACUGAGAAGCAGGAUGAGCUGGGUGAGCGGGGCUCUAUUGGCUUCCUUUACCUGAAUAUUGGACUACAGAAUGGUGUGCUGCUAAGAACUGUCCUGGACCCUGUUACUGGCGAUCUGUCUGAUACCCGCACUAGGUACCUGGGGUCCCGUCCUGUGAAACUUUUCCGUGUCCGGAUGCAAGGUCAGGAGGCGGUAUUGGCCAUGUCAAGUCGCUCAUGGCUGAGCUAUUCUUACCAAUCUCGCUUCCAUCUCACACCUUUGUCUUAUGAGACCCUGGAAUUUGCAUCUGGUUUUGCCUCUGAACAGUGUCCAGAGGGCAUUGUGGCCAUCUCCACCAACACCCUGAGGAUUUUGGCGUUGGAGAAGCUAGGUGCUGUCUUCAAUCAAGUAGCCUUUCCACUGCAGUACACACCCAGAAAAUUUGUCAUCCACCCUGAGAGUAACAAUCUUAUCAUCAUUGAGACAGAUCACAAUGCUUACACUGAGGCCACAAAAGCUCAGAGGAAGCAGCAGAUGGCAGAGGAAAUGGUGGAAGCAGCAGGGGAGGAUGAGCGGGAACUGGCGGCAGAGAUGGCAGCAGCAUUCCUUAAUGAAAACCUCCCCGAGUCCAUUUUUGGAGCUCCCAAGGCUGGCAAUGGGCAGUGGGCCUCUGUCAUCCGGGUGAUGAAUCCUAUUCAGGGGAACACACUAGACCUUGUCCAGCUAGAACAGAAUGAGGCAGCUUUUAGUGUGGCCGUGUGCAGGUUCUCCAACACUGGUGAUGAUUGGUAUGUGCUGGUGGGUGUGGCCAAGGACCUGAUACUGAACCCCCGAUCUGUGGCAGGGGGUUUUGUCUAUACCUACAAGCUUGUGAACAAUGGGGAGAAACUGGAGUUUUUGCACAAGACUCCAGUGGAAGAGGUCCCUGCUGCCAUUGCUCCGUUCCAGGGGAGGGUGUUGAUUGGGGUGGGGAAGCUUUUGCGAGUCUAUGACCUGGGGAAGAAAAAGUUACUUCGAAAGUGUGAGAAUAAGCACAUCGCCAAUUACAUCUCUGGGAUCCAGACUAUUGGACACAGGGUAAUUGUGUCUGACGUCCAAGAAAGUUUCAUCUGGGUCCGCUACAAGCGUAAUGAGAACCAGCUUAUCAUCUUUGCUGAUGAUACCUACCCCCGAUGGGUCACUACAGCUAGCCUCCUCGACUAUGACACUGUGGCUGGGGCAGACAAGUUUGGCAACAUUUGUGUGGUGAGGCUCCCAUCUAAUACCAAUGACGAAGUGGAUGAGGAUCCCACAGGAAACAAAGCCCUGUGGGACCGGGGCUUGCUCAAUGGUGCCUCACAAAAGGCAGAGGUGAUCAUGAACUACCAUGUGGGGGAGACAGUGCUGUCAUUACAGAAGACCACACUGAUCCCUGGAGGCUCUGAAUCACUUGUCUAUACCACCUUAUCAGGAGGAAUUGGCAUCCUUGUCCCUUUCACAUCUCAUGAGGACCAUGACUUCUUCCAGCAUGUGGAAAUGCACCUACGGUCUGAGCACCCCCCUCUCUGUGGGCGGGACCAUCUCAGCUUUCGUUCCUAUUAUUUCCCUGUUAAGAAUGUGAUUGAUGGAGACCUCUGUGAGCAGUUCAACUCCAUGGAGCCAAACAAACAAAAGAACGUCUCUGAAGAACUGGACCGAACUCCACCUGAGGUGUCCAAGAAGCUUGAGGAUAUCCGGACCCGUUAUGCCUUCUGACCCUUUCCUUCACCUGUGGGCUUUUCCAGAGACUCUGUAUUUUGUUUCCCCCACCACCACCACCUGGCUUUGAACCCAUACUGCAGAAGGGUGGCUGGAUAAUUAAGACUUUGCAAUAGUAAAGCCAAUAGCUCUUCCCAUCAACUCUUCCCCUGGAAUGACUGAUUCCCCAUAAAGUUGGCACAGAUUUGCUACACUUCUCUCUGCGUCGUACACAAUACAUUGCCCCAGGUUCCAGUGUAGAAUAGGUGGCCCCUUUUUCCCAAAACUUCCCUCUGUAUUGAUAAUUCUUGGCUCUCUUGUCUACUUUUGUACACACCCCUGAUUUUUAACUGGUUUUCCUGUAAAUACAGUUUUGUACAAUAUUAUCUUUGUGGGAGGGAAGGGGGCAUGCUAAAGCGGGGACCAGGUUGGAUUAGUAUAACUCCUGAGUUCUGCUACUCUGAAACUUAAGCAGAAAUACAAGCUUCGUUUUUAAGGUGGCUAGUGUCCAUGUUUUUUUUGGGGGAAUGAGAAUUUAGGUGGGAAAUUGGAACCAGAGUCAGAGCAGGAAGAACUGAGUAUAACACCUGCUUGGACUUUGUCCUGUAGCCUCCCUUCCCAACUCUGUGAUGCUUCUUUGGCUUUUUUUUUUAGCCCAUUCUGCUAUGUAGUUGAAAUUAGGCUCAGUAAUCACCAUGUGGUGACCCAUACUUCUUUUAUUUGGAUAUUGAAGACGGGCUUAUUUAUCCUCCUCUGUUUUAGCUUCCUUCUACUUUUAGGUCUUGUAGUGAGAGGUUUGGCAUGAAUAUUCACUUUGGAGAUCUCUGUCUCAACAGAUGUUCCCUUCACUUUUCCAAAUCCUGAAAUGAUCUUUUGCCAUGACUACUAUGAUGGGUCAGUAAAUAAAGAAAAUCACAGAGUCUAAUCUGCCCUUGGGAACAAAGUCAAUAUAUGUGAGUCCUAUUUAAAGGGGGCCUGACUUCUGUGCUGCAGACGUCUUGGGCAUGGUUCCUGAUGGCCUUUGGGGGUGUGAGGAGGGAGCACUGGGAGCCAGUCAGCUGCCUUGUCUCAGAAUAUUCCAGCCCACACCUGAGAAUGGUGUUUCCUCCUUUGCCUAAAAGACAGAACCCUGGUAUAAGGAGGCAGUCCCUCAGAUUUAGUGAACCUGGAGUAAACCUGAGCUCACUUCCCCUCUUGGAACUUCAUAAAGUAAAAAGUUCUUUUCAUAUGUCCUCAGCUGCCUUGUAUUGAGUAGAUUCUCUGUGGCUGGCACUGGGUUAGAAUCUGGAAUGGAGAUGAUUAGAUACAAUCUUUGACCCCAAAGAGUUCACAGUCCAGUGAAGAGAGGGUCCCUGUUGCUAUCUCCUGGGACUAAGUAUCUUUACUCAUGACUUGGCUUUUAGAUCAUUAAAUAGAGAGACCCAAGUUUUACCAAGAAUUGAAUUCCUAAUAGCACUUUUCUUUCCCAUUUAGCUUGUGGAUUCUUACGAUAGACAGUACUUCUAAAUUGCGUUUGGAAAGCCUAAUUCCAGGGCCCAUUUUUCCUAUGGUCCCCACCUAAACCCAUUCUGUUUAAUCUGUGAAGUUGUAUGAUGUUGACAUGCAGUAGCCUGAGAAACUCAGUGGCUCCUUGUUCCUUGUCUCUCUCCUGUCCCAUUUGAAUAAAAUACUUACUCUUCCUAUAGUAGUAGAGGAUUUAAAUAUAGAGUCAGGGAAAUAAUACCAUUGAGUUUCCUCUGUGUCUUACCAGUUUGCUUGUUCUCUGGAAGAAGGGCUCUGGCAAAUGGUAUUUCAGGAGUGUAGACAGAAAGUAUUAGGCUUGAAUCUGUUAGAAACAGGAAUUUUGUUCGUAGCUGAUGUCCCAGGACCUACAAAAGGUGUUAGUAAAUAUUUAGUGAUUAAACGAGGCUAACUUACAAAUUCUGUCCUUCUAGGUGUUAAUGGUAUCUACUCAACUCCAGUGGUUUGGUUAAGCAACCAAGUAAAUAGGGAGCUCUCUUCCAGUCUUGCAAAAUAUAUCAGAGGCUGCUGUGGAACUCAGAAGGGAUAAUGUCAAGUCACUGAGGCAUUUGCCCUUAAUUACUAGAUUUGCUCCCAUCCUCUUUUGUUAAGUCCCUGCAGUUUGGGUCUAAGAAAGUACCGAAAAGUUUUUAUCUGCUUCAGCUUUCUCCUGACCUCACAGGCAGAGGUUCUGCAGAUGUUGUUUCCUUUGGAAGAUCUCUUGCCAAAAAAAGCAUUCUUUAGGGGUGGUGGUGGUGGUGGGGGUCUAAGAUGGACUGUGGAUGGAAUUUUGCUUUUCUUGGUUUAUAUAAAUGUAUUGCUAGCAAGACAGCUGCCGGGCUGGAAAGGCUCAUCUCACAGGGAGAAUGCUGGUCUCCACAGUGCUUGCUGCUCCCAUGACUGCAGGCUUAGUGAGAAAUGUUGGGAGGCAGUUUUUAGAUGGGAUUAACCUGGCUUUUAAAUUUUUUAUAAUUCCUAAAUUCUCCUUCUACUUAAAAUUAAAAAUGUUAUAUGUUUC